AUGUCUACUUUACUUCCAUAUUCUAAUAUCCCCUCAUCAGAGAGACGACUACAGUUCGCAGCACCCGAACAACAUGACGAUCCACUUAUAUACAUCGAACGGCAGUCAAAAUAUCUGCAGCGACAAAUACAGAGCCUGUUGGAUGCACAAAGCGAUGGCUUGCUGGCUAGUAUGCAGUCUCCAGGGCAUGUGAAUAAUGAUGUCUUUUCGAAUGCAAGCUCUACACCUCCUACCUCUGCAACAGGAAGUCGAGACAGAAGCGUGCGAACAAUACCCAUUCGACAACCGCCGAGGAAGAAGAUCGGCUUGCGCGCUGCACGGAAGGGAAUACUCAGAUCAAUGAGUGACCUUCUCAGUCUCAGAGAAGAAGAGAAGCGACUUUUACGACGACAGAUCCAGCAAAGGCAGGAUGCCAUCGAAGACGUCGACACGUUUGCGAACAAGAAGGCCGGCCUUGAGAAAACAUUAUCGGACUUGGAGAACGAUCGCGAGGGCGAUAGGGCCCGGAAACUGAAGGGGGAAGCCAAGGGCUUGGAACAGGAGAUUGAGGAGCUUGAGUUGAAGCUUGCCGAUAUGAAGGCAAGGCACCGGCAUAUUAUACAAGAAGUGUCUCGGAUAGAGAAUGUCGUAGACGCCAAACUUUCGUCUUAUAAAGAGUCCUUGUCGAUUCUCGAUACAGAAGUCCGUCGAUAUCUGGAAACUCCGCCGCUUCGGUCCUUACAGCGUGACGUCAAAAAAUCCUCGUUCUACUCCCUCCACCCGAAACGACGAACACUCGAACUAGCUCGCGAACAUUGGCAGAUGGAACAAUCCGAUUUGGUAAAAAGACAAGAGAGUGUGGAGAUGGAAAUAGCUGCAUUAUAUGAUGGCGGACCCGUAUGGCAGAGCGUGGUGAAAGAAAUAUCAGAUUUUGAACGAAGAUUAAGGGAUGGGAUGCAACAAUCCCUAAUACUGUCGAAGUCGUCAACGCUACCCUCUGAUAACGAGGAAGGAUUGAGGCGAGAACAGGGGAAGACAAUCAUUGGAGACCUGGAGGCCACAACUCGUGUGAUCGAAGAAAAACUCGAGCUUGCCGAGGAGAAAGAUUGGAAAUUACUCGUAUGCAGCAUUGGCACGGAGCUUGCAGCUUUACGAGAAGCGCAAACAAUGCUGAAGCAGAUGUUCGGCUAUACAGACCAGGAAGACUCUGAGCACGAUUUUGCACACGCUACGGAGACUACAACAGCAAGGAACAGCGUUAGCAAUCUACAGGGAUCCGAUCAGCGACGAGAUCCUCAAGGUGCAAAUUCAGUUCCUAUCACAACUACAACCAACCUUCCUACGAUAAGUGCAAGCGAGGAUGACGAGCAUGCAGACGAGCCACCAGCAGAUCUAUUGAAGGAUAUGACGCCGGAAGAAUUGAAACCUACGACAUCUCGAUCAGAAGAUGAGGAUGACGAGCCUGAUCCGGCCUGGCUGCUCUCUGAUCCUUAA